UCUGUCGAUCGUUCCAAGCAGUCAUUCUGUUUACCCGGACCACGGUCUCUACUGUCUAUAAACCGAACGGCUGGUUUUGGAAUGAAUAGCAUUGGAGAAACUUGUAAUGAUUUAAAGAAGGAGUAUGAUGCCUGCUUCUUGACAUGGUUCUCAGAGAAGUUUUUAAAGGGCGAAACAAAUGAUGACAUGUGUGCCCCAUAUUUCAAAGUGUAUCAGGAAUGUGUGAAGAAAGCAAUUAAGGAUCAUAAUAUAGAUCUGAAAGAGAUUGAAAAAAACCAUCUUGGGUCUAAUGAAGAGCAGAAGGUUCCACAACAAAAAAAUAGCUGACACAUAAUGAGGAGCCUCUGCAGUUUACUUUCUCCAUGUUCUGUUCUGCAGUGGGUGCCACAGCGUAAGAUACAAUUUGGCUGUAGCAAUGAGAUUGCUGAGAGUCAGUGGCACAGUGAUGUUACAGACGUUUGAGAUAUACAGGUUAAAUUAUAAGGAAACUGUAUUAAUGUCUACCUUUUGCUCCACAUUGUUGUUGCAGUAAAUAUUGUGUAGAAUGUUUUAGCAUUUUUGAUCAUACACAAAUAUGUUUAAAAAGGCAGCGAGUUAUACAUAUGCAAUAUGCAUAUGCCACAAAAUACUCCAUAUUGUUUUAGUGUGUUAUGUAAAAGCAAACUCUGAACAUAAUUAUCACAAAGGAUUUCCCAAAAUAAAUUGUUUUUGCAGUCAGCUUUGAAAGUUAAUAUCAGAUACCUAUAAAAUUUGCUUCCGUCAUAUAUAGUCGCUUUUGCUAUUUUGUAAAUAAUAAAGGUGUAUGUGCUAUCAUCAGUAUCAAUUUCCCUAAUAAGUUGAUUUUUCUACCAAAGCAGCAUCUGUGCACUUUUGGUCUGCUACAAAAUUCUGUUUCAUAUAUUUGUGUGCUAAUACCUCAAUACAUAGUUUUUCGUAGUAAUUUCAUAUGUAAAAAAUGAAAGUAUGAUUAGGCUGAAGCUGUUCCUGGUAAUGGAAACUUAUUUAUGAUAUGCAGAUGUUUACUCAUGUUGAGGAAAUGGGACCAUAAAGCUUUCUAUUAUGAACCACUGCACGUGCUGGAUUGCAUUCGGUAGCAUACCUUCUGCUUCGGCUGUAUCUGUUUCAGACAGUCCUUUAUUAAUGUCACUAAUUCUGUGGGCCACAUUAAUUCAUGCAAUUUUUUCUUUUAUUUAUUUUAAAUGUAUAUAAAAACAGUGUUUAGUAGAAUUAGAUAGCAAUUCAUUGUUACCUAGAUGUGUAGUAAUAGAUUUGUUUUUUACCUUCUUCAGUGAGCUGUGAUAUGUAUAUAUGCUUUACACUUUCUUGGAAGUUACACCAAAAAGAAUAAAAUAAAUUAGCUAAU